CCUGUCGAUAGUAAACAAAUAACCCUAACCCGAAUUCGGUGCCCGAAUCACUAAUGUCAAUGUAAAUGUAUGGGUCAAGUAGAUUACCGAAGUUCGGGCCCUUAUUUAAUUUUUUUCUUUAUUUGUUGACAGAACAUUCACAAAAUAGAUGAAAGUAACGCGAAUAAACACACAAAGCAACUAGCUGAUUGCACACUUCACAAUGGGUAAUUCUGGGCUCAAGCAACAUAUUGAAACCGCUCAAAAAACAGGAGUGCUCAAAGUCUCACAAGGAAAGCUAAAUGAGUUUCCUCCUGGAUUCAAACAAUUAGAAGGCAGCCUCAGAACCUUAGACAUAUCGGACAACAAGUUUGUAAUUUUACCAAAUGAAAUCAGUAGAUUUAUGCAGUUAAAACACCUUAAUUUAAGUAAAAAUAGGUUAGCAAAAAUCCCGGAUUGUAUAGGGGCACUAACCAAACUCGAAACUUUUAAUGCUAGUCAUAAUAAUUUAAGCUCGCUGCCGCGAACAUUAUCAAAUUUAAUCCAUCUAAAACAGGUAAAUUUAAGCGACAACCAUAUUAAAGAAUUCCCUUUGAUGUUCUGUGGUCUGAAACACCUCGAUGUUUUGGACUUGAGCAAAAAUGAAAUCACCUCUGUCCCUCCUGAUGUCUCAGGUUUAAAUGUAACUGAACUUAACUUGAAUCAAAACCAGUUGGCACACAUCUCUGGCCAAAUAGCUGAGUGUCCUAGGUUAAAAACCCUAAGAUUAGAAGAAAACUGUUUGCAGUUGUCUGCAAUCACUCCCAAAAUCCUCCUCGAUUCAAAAAUUUCAAAUCUCUCUGUCGAAGGCAACCUUUUCGAAGCAAAGGAAUUGUCUGACUUGAAUGGAUAUGAUGCAUACAUGGAACGAUUUACUGCUGUGAAGAAAAAAUUAUUCUAAUAUAUUAAAACUUAUCAGUUUUGAAGAAUGGAAGAGAAAACUUGAUAUUGUAUGAAUUUACCUGCUGCUAGUCAGUUAUUUAUAAAUAAAGUUUAUAUUUUCUUUGUAUAAUCAUUUUAAUUAUAUAAUAUACAUAAAUAAAUAUGUUGACAGUACUGCAAAGGGCUUGUCGUCUAUUUUUAAUGCUAUUAAAAAUGUUAUUUAACACAUUCAGUGUCAAAUAUUAGUGAUCUAGUUGUGAAUAUAUACAUAUAUAAACCGCUUAUAUUGUCGCUAAAAUCUAAAUACUAGUUUAUGUUACACAUCAAUUAAAACUUCUCACUAACAUUGGGACCGUUUAUUUAUGAAAAAUAUACAUUUGAAAUGGAAGUAAAAAACAGAAAAUUAUACAGACAGCAUAUCCAUGAUUUUUACUAAGUUAUAAAAAAUUUGUACUGAUUUGUAUGACAUAAGCUUUAUCUAUAGAUGUGGCACUUGGUAAGAUGUAAAAUUAAACUCGUUUUUUGGAAAAAAAAUAUUAUACAUAUGAAUUUGUAUGCUUUUUACAUUUUAUUAAUGCUAAAAACUGUGUGGGACCCAUUAUACCACAAAAGCUUUGGCACUGAAUGAGUUAAAAAAUAAACACAGCAAAAGGCUGUUUUAUAGACAAUACAAACAUUUCACAGCCUAUUUUCAUAUCUAAUUUUUGAUAUUCGAUUGUCUAUUUGUUUAUAUAGUUUAUUAUUAAUUAUUCCUCAUAAAAAUUUGUCAAACAAUUUUCACACAAUGUCUUUUACAUAUUGUAAUAUCCUUUAAGUCAGAAGAAAACUGUCAGAUCUCACAAUAUAUCAAUUAAUUGUACAACAUAGGUUGAGGCACCCUAAAAGAAAUAAAAAAAAAAACAUAUUAAAUAUCUUCAAGAUAUAUUUUUUGUGAGAAAUGUGUAUAAACAUAUAUAAAUUUUUAUUCUAUGGGGGACAUCUCCAUAUCAUAUUAUUAUCAUAUCGUAUAGCUAUCAUCAUAUCAUAAAGCCAACAUCUGAGAUUGAAGACAUUUUCAGAAGAGCCCCGAUUCAUCUGCUUUAUAAAUUUAUUCAUAUUUCAUAACAUUUUAAUAAAGAAACUGUUCUAACUCACUUUUAAAUUCCUCAGCUCCAUGUUUUGAGCUUCUCUCAAUAACAUAAUAACAUGAUCAACUUAACAAAUUGUGAACUAACUCUAAAUCAUAACACAAGUACAUUAACAACCCCCUUCCAUCACUGCCCAGCAAUCACAGUCAAGAUCUUUGUUUCACCACACAACAAACUCUACAGACGUCUUAUGCUUUGAGAACAUUAUCCAAGGUGUUGAUAGUAGCACUGUCAUAGUGUUGGAUAAUGCAUCUAAUCACAGUUGCCUUUUUAAACACAUUCCAACAAUGACUGAUCGAAAAUUCUUUAAGCAGAGCUAAGAGAAAAAUGCAUUCUAUUUACACAAGAUAUGGCCAAAGCAGAAUUAUUAUUCAAGGAGCAUUGUCAAUAUACUGUUGAUUCAAAGUUGAAUUCAAGUGAGAUAAAUUGGGCUCAAGUGGGGGAAUAUGGGCCUAGAAGAUUUGGGAGAACAGUGUUGUCCAUGUAUUCAUAAUCGCCAUCAUCAUUUUCGGAUUAUUUAUUCAGUUAUUUAUUAAAAUUUCUAAAAUACGGAAAAAAAACAUUCAGUGUAUCAGUUAUUUAACAAUUAAUUAUCCAAACAAAUUAUUUAAAGCCCAUCAGAUUUACAACUACUUCAUUCUGUGCACAACACUGUACUUCGAAUCUGCCUUGGAGCCUUCAGGUCGAGCCCUACAGAGAGUUUAUACAGAGAAGCUAAUGAACUUCCCCCGUUACAGGCUAUGUCGCCAGUAACUCCUUUUAAAAUAUUCGUCUCGAAUUUUAGCUAAUACCGAAAAUCCAGCCUAUAAAUUACUAAGUAAUGACCUUUUCAACUCUCCUUCUCCUAUUAAACUUUAAUCUAUGUCACAAUAUCUCUCACCACAUCUGAGUAACAUCGAUCUUUCAGCCACAACUCCAAUAUUAAUUUCUUCUAAACCUCCCUGGAAUAAAUUGAAAGCAGAUUUUAAUCUCUCGUUAACUAAUUAUGAUAAGCACAGACAAAUCCAUAAUUUCUAAGGCAAACCUUUAAAGAAUUAAUUGCUAACAAUAGAUUUGACCAAAUUGUAUACACAGAUGCUUCUAAGAGUCCUAUAACUGUUGAAUGUGCUGUUACUUCAAACAUAGGUUUAAUCAUAUCUUGUAAUCUUCUGCUCUUCUGUCGCAUACAUACUGGUGAAUUAUUCUGUAUUCCUUAUGCUACAAACUUACUAUCACCAGAAUAUAAAAAAGUAGCAAUAGGGGAAAUGUGCAUAUGAUUGACCCCUUAAGGAAAAAGCUCCAUAAUAAUUUUAAUUAUUUGCGAAUUUAAUUAUUUUAAAUAUGCGAAAAUAGUUCGUUACAGUAAAUGCAACUGCAUCGUCCGAGUUGUCUUCUUCAAAAGAAGAUUCACAAUCGUCUUCAGAACUGUUUUUAGUUGAAAUACGAACUUGCCUUUUCAUUUUUCUUGCGUCUUGUUUUCUUUUUUUUUUUGUUUCUUUUUCUGCAAUUUUUUGUUUUAUAUCAUCAAUUUCUGACGUUGAAUUUAAAUAUCCUGUUUUACCCCAUUUUCUACCCCUUUUCUGAGUUACUUCAGAUACUCCAGCUAAAGGAGGAGGACGAAUAUCUUCAACCGAAAUGUUUAGGAUUGACGAUGGCGUUGAUUUCUGAUCAGUGAUUUUUGAUAAACCUUCAGUCAAAGAAACAUAUUGGUUCAGAUGUUCCGGUAGUGAGUUCUCAUCAGAACAUCCUGGUAGUGGAUUUUGUUCAUAAUUUUCUCUAUCUGUUGUUAUAGACGUCAAAAAUUGCCAAUCCUCGAAGACAUCUAGAUUGAACGGUUCUAUUCCUGUCUUUUACAAUGCAUUUAUUGCAUUUGAUGGAAGAGCACUUUUUAAAUAGGCUCUAUUAAAGAUACUGACUACUUUAAAUUGGGUAACUGUUUUACCUGGAUUCUGUCGCAGUCAUAAUUGAAUUUCUUGGCCGUUAUUAUUCUUUUAAUAAAACAAUUUUAUUGGAUCAGCAACGUCAAAUUUUAAUUUUAUUUCACAAAUUUACCGUUGUAACCGCCACGGAUCUGAAACUUUGCAAAUGCUAAACUAAAAACUUCGUGCGCAAGCGGCAACCGGCGAUGUGCAUGUAACCGCGCCAUAUUUGAAAUUACAGCAGGGGGUCCAACAUAGGCACACUUCCCCUACCUAUUUUCAUUUUUUUUUUUAAAUAAAUUUUACAAAUGAAUAAAAUUUAUGAAAUGUAAAUUUCAUAAAUGAAACUGCCCUGAUAAAUCUAAAGAAUUAAGAAUUCGUAUAAUUUUAAUAUGCUAAAAUGCAUCGACAAUACGUCUGUUAUUACAGCUGGCUCACUGUAAAGGGCUGCAUAUUACCUAUUCACAUUCACGGGGAGCUAUUAAAAUGUUAUGAACCGAUAUUAUUUUGAUUUUCUUAUUAAUAAACGACGUUUUUGAUUUACACCUCAUACAAUUAGUAGAUCAAGUUACAUUUUAUGAGUCACCCUCCUCAAUUUUUCGUCAAGAGUUCAUACAAACAACUAUUUUAUAUAAAAGAACGUUGUGAAAAUUGUUUAUAAUUUUUUAAACUAUUAAUAAGUAAUACUCAAUCAAUUAUCCGUAAAAGACAAUUAAAAUCAAUGAAACAAUAUAUUUUUCAAUAAAAUUUGUAAUAUG